AUGGUUUCCCUUCCGCGCGUGGUUGCUGCCGCCAGCUCCACUGCGGUCCGCCUGUUUUCCUACAUCUUCCUAAGAUGGAUUCCCGGUCAUCCAUUCGUAGCCAUCAUUUUCACCUCACUGGUGGUAUAUCUCUCAUCCCUCUUUCUUGUAUUGCAAGACCAGGGUGCCUUCAACGAGCGCGACAAGAGGAAACAAAAGACCUCGGCCAAGAAGCCUCCAAAGCCAUGUGGUGAAGACUCCGGCGACUCCGUGCUGAAGACACUGUUGACGGGUCUUCCUUCAAAGCGGUCGCCGCUGUGGACCUGCAUCACUGCGCUCGUCAACAUUGGUGUAGCCCUGCUAGCACUCGACUUUUUGAUUCGGAGUAUUGUGGCCUGGCCUAGUACCGAUGCCGCUUUCUCGCGCAUUGGAUAUGUGUCGCCAACUACUGCCAACCUGCUCUUCCGUGAGCCAGACACCGCACGGCUGCCAAUUAUUGUCUCCUUCCAACAAUCCGAGCCAGCCUCGGAGAAAUGGAUACAGGAAGGCACCGUCUACAAGCUAGACAACAGUACGGAUUUCACAACGUCCGUGACGUUAAGAAAUCUCAAACCGUCAACACACUACAGGUACUCGCUGUCGAAUAAUAAGACCGGCACCUUCGUCACAGCUCCACGGCCCGGAUCGCCAGAGGCCAACAGACUGUCAUUUGUGACUUCCAGCUGCUUGAAGCCAAAUUUCCCCUACAAUAUCCUGUCUCAUCCAUUGCGAGUCCCUGGAAUUGAGUCCAUGACCGAAGCCCUCGGAAAGCUACCAGCACUUCUGAAGCCAGCUUUCAUGCUUUUCCUGGGUGACUUCAUCUAUAUCGACGUUCCAUUCCGCUUCGGCUCUUCGAUGGACCACUACCGCAGCGAAUACCGUCGGAUCUACUCAUCACCAUCAUGGUCAUAUAGCUCAGAAUUCGGUCCAGCCAUCGACCUCCCCUGGAUCCACACUCUCGACGACCACGAGAUUGAGAACGAUUGGUCAAGAGGUAACAAGACCGCUCCAUACCCAGCAGCCGCUGAUCCAUUCAUUCACUACCAUGUGAGCGCGAACCCGCCCAUCCCAGAGAAGUCUUUCGCGCACCCAGAGGACGUCACCUACUUCUCCUUCGUCAACGGUCCAGCUUCGUUCUUCAUGCUAGAUACACGAACCUACCGUUCCGAGCCACUAAAAGAAAAUUCCACAAUCCUAGGCUCGGCGCAGCUCCAAUCCCUCCUCACCUAUCUAGCUCGUCCCGAACCAGCCCGCGUACGCUGGAAGAUCAUCUCUUCCAGCGUCCCAUUCACAAAGAACUGGCACAUCGGCACAUCCGAUACGUGGGGUGGCUUUCUGAACGAGCGCCAGACCGUCUUUGAAACGAUUUGGCAAGCCGAGCGCGAACAGAAUGUCCGCAUCAUCCUCCUCAGCGGCGAUAGACACGAGUUCGCCGCGACGCGAUUCCCAGACCCCGAACUUGCACUCUCACCGGACAAUCUCCAGCCCAACACAGCUGGUCUAGGUGUCCACGAGUUCAGCGUUGGCCCGUUGAGCAUUAAAUUCGGGCUCAUUGAGAUCGCGGAUGAUUUCGAAGAGGCCGAACCGAAUGCUUCAUCCCCUGCCCCCGUGCGGAGUUCUGUGCUCACGUACUCGCUUUAUGUGGAUGGUGAUGUCGUGUGGAAAUAUCGUCUCAGCGUGCCUCAUGAAUAUGACUCUGCCACUCGUGCGGGCUCCGAGAAAAGCUGGAAUCUUCACCCUGGUCGCGUCGUUGAGGACAAGCUUGUUGCUGAUGGAUGGGAUGUUGUUUUCAAGACGGCCCUUGGGACCGCGGAGACUCUUACGAAGGGUUUGAUCCAAAAGGGGACAAAAAUGUAUUAUGAGUUUAUGGAGAAUUUGCGAAAGCGAGGGAGGCUUGAUUAG